GGAGAGGGUUCUGCCCUUCUUCAUCCAGACAGCAGAUCUCACCCUCGAUCUUUAGAGAAGAGUGCAUGGAGGUCUUUUAAGGAAUCACAGUGUCAUCACAUGCUGAAACAUCUUCACAAUGGAGCCCGAAUCACUGUGCAAAUGCCUCCCACCAUUGAAGGGCAUUGGGUCUCUACUGGCUGUGAAGUUAGAUCAGGCCCAGAGUUUAUCACAAGAUCCUAUAGAUUCUACAACAACAACACAUUCAAGGCCUACCAGUUUUAUUACGGUGGUAACCGCUGCACAAACCCUACCUACACCUUAGUUAUCCGUGGCAAAAUUCGUCUUCGUCAAGCAUCCUGGAUCAUCCGAGGGGGAACUGAAGCCGAUUACCAGUUACAUAACAUUCAGAUCAUCUGCCACAGUGAAGCAGUAGCUGAAAAACUAAGUGAGUUGGUGAACCGUACAUGUCCUGGAUUUGUACCAGACAACAAUCCCUGGGAGCAGGAUGUGAGCUACAAUUUGUGGAGAGAAGAGAAUGGCUGUGAAUGCACCAGAGCUCUUAAUUUUGCCAUGCAUGAACUUCAACUGAUCCGAGUAGAGAAGCAGUAUCUACAUCAUAAUUUAGAUCACCUAGUGGAGGAGCUAUUUCUCGGAGACAUCCAUACUGAUGCUACUCAGAGGAUGUACUAUCGGCCUUCUAGUUACCAGCCUCCUCUUCAAAAUGCGAAGAAUCACGAUCAUACCUGUAUAGCAUGUAGAAUCAUUUACCGGUCAGAUGAGCACCAUCCUCCAAUCUUACCUCCAAAGGCCGAUUUGACUAUUGGAUUGCAUGGAGAAUGGGUGAGCCAGCGCUGUGAGGUGCGUCCUGAAGUCCUCUUUCUCACCAGGCACUUCAUCUUCCACGAUAACAACAACACCUGGGAAGGUCACUAUUAUCACUACUCUGACCCCAUCUGUAAGCACCCCACCUUUACCAUCUAUGCCAAGGGGCGCUACAGCAGGGGAGUGCACUCUUCCAAAGUGAUGGGAGGAACAGAGUUUGUGUUCAAAGUAAAUCACAUGAAAGUCACCCCCAUGGAUAUAGCUACAGCCUCUCUACUGAAUGUCUUUAAUGGGAAUGAGUGUGGAGCAGAGGGAUCGUGGCAAGUUGGAGUACAACAGGAUGUUACUCACACCAAUGGCUGUGUUGCUUUGGGGAUUCGCCUACCACACACAGAGUAUGAAAUCUUCAAAAUGGAGCAGGAUGCCAGAAGUAGCUACUUACUGUAUAACGGCCAGAGGCCUAGUGAUGGGUCCAGUCCAGACAGACCAGAGAAGAGAGCCACUUCUUAUCAGAUGCCAUUAGUUCAGUGUGCUUCAUCAGCACCAAGACCUGAAGAGUCACCAGAGGAGAACAAAAUAGGCCGCUAUAGCAGCAGGGCACCAGAAAAGGACUCCAGUGUAUUUGUCCUUACCCUGAUGCUGUUUAUUUGUCCUAUGUCACAUUGGAACAUUCUCAGUUGA